GACGGGUGCCUGCAGUUGUGUUGUCGGCCUUCACUUGCAAGAAUGUCAUUACCUUUUCGCGUUAUCGCUUGCACCACGCUUGCAAAUUUGGCUUCUAGACGAGCCCUCAAAGUUCACAGAGCCACAGGUGCACUUCUACGCUCCAAUGCAAGAUCAAAAACUACCACAACGCAGGCUGUAGGCCCCACUGCUCUGAAGGUGGACCCUGCUCAGAAGCGAACGCUCUCCGAUUUCGGGAAGUACGUGGCCGAGUGCUUGCCCAAGUAUGUACAGCGGGUCCAGAUCACGUCGGGGAAUGAGCUCGAGGUACUGAUCGCCCCCGAGGGCGUGGUGCCCGUCCUGCAGUUCCUCAAGGACCACCACAAUGCGCAGUUCGUCAACCUGGCUGACAUCUGCGGCAUGGACGUGCCGUCGCGACACUACCGAUUCGAGGUCAUCUACAACCUGCUGUCGCUGCGCUUCAACUCCCGGAUCCGCGUCAAGACAUACACGGACGAGCUGACGCCCAUCGAGUCGGCCAACGAGGUGUUCAAGGCGGCCAACUGGUACGAGCGCGAGGUUUGGGACAUGUACGGCGUGUUCUUCUCCAACCACCCGGACCUGCGGCGCAUCCUCACCGACUACGGCUUCGAGGGCCACCCCUUUAGGAAGGAUUUCCCGCUCUCUGGAUACGUGGAGGUUCGCUACGACGAUGAGGCCAAGCGCGUGGUGGUGGAGCCCGUGGAGCUGGCGCAGGAGUUCCGCAAGUUCGACCUCGAGUCGCCUUGGGAGCAGUUCCCGGCGCACCGGCUGAAGCCCGCCGCCGAGGAGGUGCCGCUCGACAAGUAGCGGCCGCCAUGGCCGCCUGUCGUAGCCUGGGGCGACUGGGGGCGUCGGUAGCCGGCCAGCCGUGGCCGCCGUCCGCAGCACGCGGUCUCGGCCGCCGGCCCGGUCUCCUUGUGUGAGGAGCGGUGUAGUGCUUGGUGGUGUAAAUACAGUGAUGACCCUUGGUGGACGAGUCUAGCUCCGUCGCAGCGAGUGGAAAGGUUCAACGAAUGCACUUAUCAGGUCUUGAUUUCUGCGAUGUGGGAGGGUUUGUCGCCUUGCUUCCAUCGGACUACGGCAAACGCAGUAUUAGGCAUAUUAUCUCCGCGAUUUAUCUCAAAGGACCGACGUUCACUUAAUAGCAGCUGGUCUCCUUUUCGAAAUAGCGGGGUUAUAGACCGUGCUAAUAUAGUUUUUGCAACUUACGUAGUCUGUCACAAUCUUGGGCAACAGUUGUUGGACAAGUAGAACCGUCCUUCAUAAAAUCAGCCAACCGACCGAAAGACGUGCAUCAUAAUUGAUCCACGAACCGCUGGCUUGAGCGAUAUAUGCCUGCUCAUCACACUAACAGUGACGAGAAGUGCCCGGGUAAUAAACUGGAUGAAUCUUGA